AUGUCUGAAGUGCAAACACGUCCUCCCGUCCAUCGGGGUAGAGGCUCCUCUCGGGGUGGUCGCGGUGGAUUCCCCAGACCUACCCGCAGUUCACACACAAAUGGAGGCAGUAAUGCUUCUUAUGAUACUUCCGAUGAUCAGGGCGAAAUCGGUCAGCUAAAGAGACAGUAUGCUGCCGAGUUGUCGCGGUUGCAAGAGAUGUUCCCUGCUUGGACUCCCGAUGAUAUCGUUACUGCUCUUAACGAAAAUGGAGGCGACGUUCAACUCACUGCAUCGAAGAUUAGUGAAGGUACGACCGCUCAGUGGGGUACAGUUGAGAAGAGGUCGAAGGAUCGCUCCCGGUCCAAGGUCAAAGAGCCAUCUUCCGCCGGAGCCAACAUUGACUCGUACCCAUCUGGCUCUCGUACCCGCGGAGGCAGAGCUCUUCAUGAAGGUGGACGCAGUAGCCGUGGAAGCCGUGGUGGAUCCGAAUUUCGUGCAAGCCGUGGAGGCCGCAGUCGUGGAGCCAAUGGUAGGUCACAUCGAUCCGGGGAUAACGCAAAAGAAACCCAAACCUCAGCUAGAGCUUGUAGUGCUUGUGCAAAUACUAAAGUAACGAACCCAGAUGACAAGAAAGCCACCGAUUCCUCCGUUCCUACCUGGUCAGAAGAAACGAAUAAGGAAACAGAAGCCAAUGGAGCUUUUGAAAACUCUUUCGUCCCCGAUACUCAUUCAGAAGCUUCCAAGUCGACCCCUGAUCAAGUACCACUGCCGGUACCUAAACCUGCAUCGGCAGCCUCAUGGGCUAGCAAACUAUUCAGUAAACCAGCACCUCCGCCACCGGCUCCUGUGCAGAAAAUCACCUCUCCUCCCAAGCAAUCCCCCGUCCAACCUGAGCCUGUUCAGUAUCCAGUACCAGAGCCUGUCGAGCCUGAGCCCGUUGAAGGGAGCAUACUACCCCCUAAGGAAGCAUCGCUAGAGGUACAGCCUGCACCGGCGACACCGGAACCGGUCGAACCCACCCCCGAGCCUGUCGAGCCUGAGCCUGUGCCGGAACCAGAGGAAGAGGCCGUUUCAGAGGCCCCAGAAGUUGGACCAUUGCCAGCCCAGCCUCUAACAGAGGUAAAUCUCGAGAAGAUUGAGGAUGCCGCUCCGCCCCCGCCUACUAUGACACAAGCUAGCACAAUCGCAUCAUCUACUGCUACACCCGCAGCUGCCGCCAGCAUAUCUGCGCCACCUCCGCAGCAUACUGUUACAACACCUCAGCCUGCUCCAAGUCGACCUGUGCACAGUGGGGUAGUGAUGCCUAAAGGAACACCAGGUCGUGGCUCAAGCUACAACCGGAGAGUGCUUGAUCAGCAAGAGGGCGUUGUUAUGCCUGGUAACCAUGGUGCCGUUGAGCAUGCUACUCUUCAAUUUGGGAGUAUGGGAUUGAACGGUGAUAUCGAUGAUGAUGAGGAAGUAGAGCAGGCCGAGACAGUAUCGCAACCUCCGCAGCCAUCUCCCAUUGCUCAACCAGUAACAUCACUUCCUCCGACUGGUCCUUCGCAAUUGCCAGUUUCACAACCUCCUGUCACCGAAGCUCUCCCUACCCCUAGACAAGCACCUGGCUUGCCUGUUCACCCCCAGGCCGUACAACAACAGCCAAGCUCGCAGCCGCCGGUUGCUCCUCAAAGCAUGACCCAGCAGCAACAUCAAUUGAAUCCCCAAUUGCCCAGUCACUAUAAUCGAUACGCAAUUCCCGAAACUCAAACUCAAACCAAGUCAUUCGAUACUUUUGCACAUUCUGCUCAACAACAACCAAUCCCCCCUCAUCAACCUCAGGCUCAGACUCAACCUCAGGCCCAACCUCAAGCAUAUGGAAACUAUGCUCCUUCACCCCUACAGCCUCAGCAGCAGCCCUCUCAUAUUGGCGUUGGCGUCUCAGCGGCUCCUGACCAGCAGCCACAGUACAACUAUUACAAUGAUCGGUCACAACCUCCUGGGUUUGGGGCUCCCUAUACCUCCAAUUACAUGCAACAGGCUCAAUCUCAGCAGGAUGCUGGCACUAGCCAACAACGCGCCUCAAGUGGAUUAGGUGGUGCUACGGGGGAAGGUCUUGGUCAAGUUCCAACUUCCGCUGGUACAGCUAGCCAGGUACAACAGCAGACCUCGCGAUACCCAGGACAAACAGGGGAGCAAGGCAGUGGCCAUGCUACCCCGAGCCCAGCCAUCCCUACUGUUCAACAGACCUCACAGCCCCAUCAACCCGUUGGGCAACAUCCCACACAAGCAUUCCAAUAUGGGUAUCAGCAACACCCUUACUAUAGCCAAUUUGUGCCCCAGAGCUAUUAUAACCAACCCUUCAAGAAUCACCAGGGCAUGUAUGGUUACCCCCCUACCUACAUCUCCCCUCAGUAUUCGGAUCAUACUUCGACGCCUGUGGGCCUUGGUGGAUUUGGGGCGCCCUCUGCACAGGGCCGUGACGGUGUUGCUGGUCUUGGUGAUUAUAGCCGGAUGAAUACUACUGCUGCUCAACAGCAACAGCAACAGGCACUGCCUCAGCAUACUUCUACUGGAGGCUACGGAAGCAGUAUUCCAAACUUCUUGAGUGGCCGUGGGCUUCCCCAAGAACAGCAGCAAUUAGGGGCAGGAGUUGGCCAACAACAAGCUGGUCAACAGGGCCAGACUGAUGAAUCGCUGAAAUUCGGUGAAAAUAAGCCACCAACUGGACCUUCGGGAACACCUUCAAUUCCCGGACAGCCUGGAAGACCUGGAUCUGCUACAAGUAGCCUGGGCCCUCAACAUGGUGGACAAACCCCCGCCAGCAUGUACGGUUCUCACUUGAAUCAUGGACUUCAUGGACAUUCCCCGAGUCAGUACGGUGCUGGUCAAGGCCAGAGCGGCACUAACCAAUAUUCCAUGUAUAGCGGUGGCUAUCCUCAGUAUGGACAGACAGGUGGUAGGCAUGCUGGAGGCGGCUGGGGAGGCUAUGGACAUUAA